AUGAAACCUGGUAUUGGCAUCAAACAAUUCUUUGCUCACUUUGAACGAGUUGUUGAAGACAAGCGUUACAAUGAGCUGAAACAUGAGUAUGACUCUCGCCAUAAGCUACCCAUGUUGCGGUAUGAGGUUUCACCAAUCUUAAUACAAAUGGCCAAGGUUUACACACAUACAAUAUUUAACUUAUUCCAACACCAGUUUGCUCAAUUCUUAGCUUGUAGCAUAUCACAAAGGAUUGAAACUCCUUCUUUGAUUGAAUAUGUGAUUACUAAAGUCCAUCAACAAAGAUCAUGGACAGUUACAUUUGAACCUUCCUCAAGCACUAUAUAUUGCUCUUGUAAGAAGUUUGAAAUAUUUGGCAUACUUUGUUGUCAUGCAUUGAAAGUGUUUGAAACCAAUGAUGUGAAAAUUAUCCUUGAUAAAUACAUACUGAAGAGAUGGACAACACAUGGUCGUAGUGGGAUUAUUCAUAAUGUCAAAGGAACAGAGGUAGAAGGAGAUCCUAAACUUAGUACCACACGUCAAUACCGUCACCUAGCAAGUAAAAUGAUUAGGUUGGCCUGUGAUGUUUCUACUUCAGAAGAAUAUUGUCAGCUAGUUGAUGACAAUAUUAACAACUUAAUUAGCAAAAUCACAAAGCUUCGAUUGCAAACAAACAGUCUUACGGAUAAAGAUAAAGAUGAUGCACAAAUGUUGGCCAAUAAUAAUGGUACACAACCUAAGGGAUUCAAGCUUCGACCAAGCACUAAGAGGAAAGGGAAUAAACGUUUCAAAAGUUGGGUUAAGCUACAAGCAAAUAGAAAGAAGAGCAGAACUCCAAUUUUAGAUCAAUCAGCAUCUCAGGAAUAUCAACCAAUAGUUUGUGAUCCAGUUGAAGUACAUUGUUCAGCACCUCCAACUUAUGAUCCCCCUCACACAUUACUUAAGUUUCACAAAUUUGUUGAGAGUAAUUUUCAGCUCAACUUUACAUUGUCUAAUCAUUGA